CGAGGUUGGCUGUCUCUGUGGCUCCCUAUGAGUGAGUGAGAGUGUGCGUGUGUGUCGGUUUCGGGUACAGUCGCCAUUUAGCGCGGCGAGUUCCCCGGGGCUGGGAGAGGUGGCAGCGGGGAGGCCCAUCCCCCACUCUCCUCAGGAGCCGCGAGCGAAAGAAGCACGGGAAGGAGCUGAGGCGGACGGGCGGGACGAACUCGUCUUCCCUUCUUAGAUUAUAAUAUUACGAAUUUCUGCCUCCUUCCCACACCCCGCCUCUCAGGCCAGCCACUCUCGCAGCGUGAGGCGCGCGGUGGCCUCCUCCUCCUCCGGGUGAGAGGAGCGAAAGAGGAAAGGAGGGGCGGCGGCGGCGGGAGUCCCGGCAUCGUGUGAGGGGACGAAAGGCGACUCUCCGGCGGCGGGGCCCUGAGCGAGCGGCUGGCUCUCUGACUGGACUUGACUCGAAGCAAGGAGCGGGCGGCGGGGCGAGGCAGAGCGCGCGCGGCCCCGACAGGGAAGGGCCUCGGCCAGCCCCACACCCCACCCCGUCGACUCGGGGCCUGCCGUGGGUUCCCGCCCGGCGCCUUCUCCGCCUUUCUCCUGCGACCCCCCCCUCCUCAUCGGAUCCCUCCUCAUCUUCGCCGCUGCUUGCUGCUCCAUGUCGGCCCCGCUGCUCGGCUCCCCGCUGCAGCAGGAUGGAUGCGGACACUGACCGCCUGCCGCCGCCGGCCCAGCCCGCUCUGCUUCCACAGCAGCAGCAGCCGUCGGCGCUGCUGCCUUUCCUCCUCGCGGUGAGGAGCCUCCGGGAGCCUCCACUGCCGCCGCCGCCGCUUUCGCAGAGAGAGCUGCUCCUCGGCGCGCUCCCCGCCUUGCACUGACCCUCCUCGAGUCAGCUGCUGUUGCUGCUGCAGCGGCAGCUGCUGGGGCUGCUCCUGCCGCCGCGGCUCCCGCGCCUUCGCCGCGUUUCCCUCCUCCUCCGGCACCAUGUCGGGGGGCGCUUCGGAGACUCCCCGCUUCCUGGCUCCUCCGCCGCCCCCGCCCAAGAACGGCUCCAGCUCGGACAGCUCCGUUGGCGAGAAGCUGGGGGUCGCCGCCACCGCUACUGCCGCCACCGGGGACCCUGAAGGCUCGGAAGGCAGCGGGGCCCGCAUCGAGGAGUAUCGCCGACGCCGCCACACCAUGGACAAGGACAGCCGUGGCGCGGCCGCCACCGAGCACCGCUUUUUCCGCCGGAGUGUCAUUUGCGACUCGAAUGCGACCGCUCUGGAGCUUCCGCGGCUGCAGCCCGCAGCGCCUCCCCCUGCUGCAGCCGCCCGAGGGAGCAUCCCGCCCGUGCUGGGCUCGCCGCCGGAGUCUGUCAUCCAGGCAGCAUGUGCUUCUGUCACUGCUAGCCAGGCUCCCACGCUGCUCCUGCAGCAGGCACCCCCUUUGCCUCCACCCGCAGAGGGGCAGCCUGGUCAAGAGGCGUUGGUAACAAAGGACGUUGCCCCACUGCUGCUGUCCAAGGAGGAUGGAUUAGAGGCCACCCCACUGCCCCCUACCAGUACAGCGGGAAUCACUGCCGUUUCUGCCCGGGAUCUGCAAGAAGAGCGGACUAAACAGCAGGAAGAUAUUGAGGAGCUGGAGACCAAAGCUGUGGCCUUCUCCCCAGAUGGCCGUUUUCUUAAGUUUGACAUCGAGAUUGGUAGAGGCUCCUUCAAGACUGUCUACAAGGGGCUGGACACGGAGACCACUGUGGAGGUUGCUUGGUGUGAGCUUCAGGAUCGGAAGCUGUCCAAAUCGGAGAGGCAACGAUUUAAGGAGGAGGCUGAAAUGUUGAAAGGGCUUCAACAUCCUAACAUUGUUAGGUUCUAUGAUUCCUGGGAGUCUACUGUCAAGGGAAAGAAGUGUAUUGUUCUGGUUACAGAGCUUAUGACAUCUGGCACAUUGAAAACGUACCUAAAAAGGUUUAAAGUGAUGAAAAUCAAAGUACUGCGAAGCUGGUGCCGGCAAAUACUGAAGGGUUUGCAGUUCUUGCACACGCGUACUCCUCCCAUUAUCCACCGUGACUUGAAGUGUGACAACAUCUUUAUUACUGGCCCCACAGGAUCAGUCAAGAUAGGAGACUUGGGUCUGGCAACCUUGAAGCGGGCUUCCUUUGCCAAGAGUGUGAUAGGUACCCCAGAGUUCAUGGCACCCGAGAUGUAUGAGGAGAAAUACGAUGAAUCCGUUGAUGUAUAUGCUUUUGGGAUGUGUAUGCUUGAGAUGGCUACGUCUGAAUAUCCUUAUUCUGAGUGUCAAAAUGCUGCACAGAUCUACCGUCGAGUGACCAGCGGAAUCAAACCAGCAAGCUUUGAUAAAGUAGCAAUUCCUGAAGUAAAGGAAAUAAUUGAGGGAUGCAUUCGUCAAAACAAAGAUGAAAGGUAUGCUAUCAAGGACCUUCUGAAUCAUGCAUUCUUCCAGGAAGAAACUGGUGUGCGGGUAGAGCUAGCAGAAGAAGAUGAUGGGGAGAAAAUUGCUAUCAAGCUCUGGUUACGAAUUGAAGAUAUUAAAAAACUUAAGGGCAAAUAUAAGGAUAAUGAAGCAAUAGAAUUUUCUUUCGACUUGGAAAGAGAUGUCCCAGAAGAUGUAGCACAGGAAAUGGUUGAGUCUGGGUAUGUCUGUGAAGGGGAUCACAAGACAAUGGCCAAAGCUAUAAAGGAUAGAGUGUCCUUGAUCAAGCGAAAGAGGGAGCAACGUCAGUUGGUGAGAGAAGAACAGGAAAAAAGAAAGCAAGAAGAAGUCAAUCAGAAACAGCAGACAGAGCAGCAGUUACAAGCGAGCACUACCCAGCAAGGAACUAAACAUGCUGCACCUACCACUGGUGUCACUGCCAUCCCUGCUGCUUCAGCUUCGGUUUCUACACAAGUGGAGCCUGAGGAGCCAGAAGCCGAUCAACAUCAACAGCUGCAGUAUCAUCAACCUAGCAUUUCUGUAUUGUCUGAUGGCAACAUUGAUAGUGGGCAAGGAUCAUCUGUCUUUACCGAAUCAUGUGUGAGCAGCCAACAGACAGCUUCUUAUGGUUCCCAGCACGAACAGUCUAUCCCAACAGUUCAACCCCCAGGAUAUGCAGCUCCCAUUGGCCAGCCACAAUCACAACAACCUGGAGGAUAUCAGACGUCUGGAGUGCCUCAACGUGGCUGUAGCAUGUCGGUUUGUCCUUCCCCCCUUUCUUUCCCUCCACUGUCCCAAAUCCCUCUCAGUGCUCCUUCUACUCCACCAUCAGUGUUAUGUGCACCUCUUUCUCCUUCUUACCUUCGGACUGCCCCUGAGGAAACUUUUGGUGAAAAGCUUUCCAAAGCCUUGGAGAAUGUCCUGCCCAUGCACACCGCCUCUCCGCGCAGCAACCGGCGUUCCAGCCUGCCUUCCCUCUUUCUCAACCCUCCUCAAUCCAUGGUGCAUCCGUGUGGGGGAACCCCAACGUUCCCAGAUUCCCAAGUAUUUUUCCCCACCGUUCAUGAACGGCCAGUGUCUUUCUCGCCACCACCCACCUGCCCUUCACGGGUGGCCAUUUCUCAGCGACGCAAGAGCACUUCCAUCCUUGAAGCCCAAACCUGCCACUUCCAGCCCUUGCUCAAGACUGGUCAGAGUUUUGUUCUCCCUGGUGGUAGUCCAGCAACUUGGACACCAGAGGGACUGGUGACAAUGAGCAGCACAGCUGGGAAGCAUAUGCAGGCUAACCCUGGUUUUGACUCUGCUCAAGAGUUGAGUGAUUACAGAUCUGGACAAACGCCUUCAAAGGAUGCUACAAGCAUGUUGACUCAAGAAGCAAUGUAUUUAGUGGGCAUGCACUACCAGUCCCAGUUGCCAGAACACUAUGAUACAGUACCCCAGAAUCCCCAGGGGACUGAGCAACACUUACAGCGGGCUCCUGAACAGAGAAAUUUGCAAGGCGGCCCCCCGCAGAGUUCUACUUUUGAAUAUCAAACUGGGCAGCCAUUUCUGGCAAGACAGAUUCAGAACUUGAGACUGGAUUCUGGAAUGAAUCCACCAUCACCAUUGUCUAGUAUGUCAGCACCACUGAGUGCAGAUGCCACACAAAUGAAUUUUCACCCAAUAUUUGUUCCACAUUCUGCACCUGCCAUACUCACUCACAGUGGGGACGGUCGAGCAAGUUGUGUGUUUGAGUUCCAUGUUCAAGCACCCAGUGCGACUGCAGGAGACGGUGCUGUCCUCUCACAGCGCGUUUAUAGAAAUCGUCGAGGCUCCACAGAUUUUAACCAGGAGGAGUCCCCUCAGACAACCGUACAGCCUGGUCGUCUUCAGCCUGUAACGGAAGAGCAGUGCAGCUACCUAGGUUCCGAGUUCAUGGUGCCUAGAGGCAGUUCUGUCUUACAGAGCUGGCCAGAAGGUAGCCCAGGAUACUCCAGUGAUUCGUCACAGUUGACUUCCUCAGACACUGGUGACUUUCUUUCUCCUCCUCCCACUGGGGUAUCUGCAUCGUAUGGUUCAGGCUUGCCUCUGCCUGCUGCCCAGCUGACUCAGAAGGCAUUUCAGGAUUCACAGAUCAUCUUCCACUUCCCACAGGGAACUUCUUCUCAACAGGCUUUCUCAGCUCUGGCUUCAUCAGGACCAUCUACACUCUAUCCUCAGGCGCAGAUGAAAGGGCAGCCAGCCUCAAAUGCUUCAUCAGUUGGCACAUCAUCCCAGCUAAUGCAGCCAAGUCAACAGAGCACCCAGCCUCCAGCCUCUUCACAACAGACUGGGCAAUAUCAAGUUCAGCAGCCUUCAGUUUCCAGUGGAGCUGCUCCAUCGCAGCCAGUUACACAGCAAGCACAAAUAAUGUCUGUGCCUCAGGUAGCAGCUGGGACACAGCUUCCUGUUUCCCAGCCAGUGCCGAUCAUCCAAGGUGAAACACAGUUACCUAUGGGAGUGCCUUCCCUUCCUCAGCCUUCAGUUGCCCCUGUCAUGCCCAUUGGCUCUCAUUUUCUCCCUAUGGGCCCACCCUUACAGGCUCCCCUUCAUCCACAGUUCUCAGUUUCUCAGAUGCCCAUAGCAACACCUCAUGUGUCAGUGGCUCAGCCUGGUUUCCCAACUCUACCCAUCUCCAUGGCAGCUGGAGUUAGCCAGCCAUUGCUCACUUUGGCCACAUCUGCUACAGCAGCUGCUAUUCCUGUGGGUUCAACUGUUGUCCCUAGCCAGCUUCCAACUCUUCUGCAGCCUGUGGCGCAGCUGUCCGGCCAGGUUCUCCCACAGCUUCUACAGCCAUCUGUUCAGCCCAUGGGAUUGCCAGCCACACUUGGACAAUCUGCUGAAGUACCACUUCCACCUACAGAUGCUGUGUACCAGGGCUUCCCACCUCGGCUACCAGCACAAUAUACUGGAGAUUCAAACAUUGCUUCUUCUGUGGCCUCUGCUUGCCUCCCUUCUGCAGUACUAUCCCCUCCUUUACCCACAGAUGUACUGGCUCAGCCAGGCUAUCUUGCUGCAAUGGUGCAGCCUUAUGUGGAGCAGAAUGUUUUAGUUUCUUUGGGCAGUCUAGGCGGACAGGUUCAAGUGCCACAGUCUGCUUCCUGUUUAGCACAGCAGGUCUCAUCUUCAGCCUCCCAGCAGACAGCAUUAGAGAGUACUUCUGGAGUUACUCAAACAGCACCUGCAGAGACUCAACCACCAGUGCAGCAGCAGCAGCAGCCUUCGCAAUCAACCCCAUUGGUUUCCUCAAUAGAUAGUGCACAAUCAGAUGUUGCUUCAGGCUUAAGUGACUGCAAUGAAAGUGUUCCAGCAUCUAGUGGUAGACAUGAAGGGAGGACAACGAAACGGCAUUAUCGGAAGUCGGUGCGCAGCCGCUCUCGGCAUGAGAAGACUACACGUCCCAAACUGAGAAUUCUUAAUGUUUCAAAUAAAGGAGACCGUGUUGUGGAAUGCCAGUUAGAAACGCACAAUAGAAAAAUGGUUACUUUCAAAUUUGACUUGGAUGGUGACAAUCCAGAGGAAAUAGCUUCUAUCAUGGUGCAAAAUGAAUUCAUUUUGGCAAUGGAGAGAGAUUCAUUUGUAGAGCAGGUGCGUGACAUCAUAGAAAAGGCAGAUGAAAUGCUCAGCGAGGAUGCAAGUGGGGAACCAGAAGGUGACCAGAGCAUGGACAGUAUGCAUAACCAGAAAUUGGAUGGAGACUUCAAACAGCCAGAUCCUGUGUCUUCCAUGCCACAAAGAAUAGGUGUUCCUCCUAAUUCAUUGACUCAGGUUGUCCAUUCUGCUGGAAGACGGUUUAUUGUCAGCCCUGUACCUGAAAGUAGGUUACGAGAACAGAAAUUUUUCACUUCUAUCCCAUCAGAAAGUGAGCUGUUUGAUAUAGUUGCUGCUUCUCCAUCUCAUGGCCCUGGAAUGAAUCUCUCUCACUCUGCAUCUUCACUCAGUCUGCAACAAGCUUUCUCCGAGCUCAAGCAUGCUCAAACGACGGAAGGACCAAGCACAGCCCCCCCAGUUUUUAACCAGGCUUUGCCACCUUUUCCAUGCCUAAGUUCAAGCAUGAAUGGGGGGCUGCCACCAACAUCGGUGCCUGCUCCUUCUGCCUCAGUUCCUUCUACCACCAGUGUUUCUUUACCAGCAACCCAGUCAACAGAAAAAGUGACAGCAGGGCUUCCGUUGGGUGAAGAAUUGCCAGGCUCCAGCUCUCCACCACCAGGGUUGCAGUCACAGUCAAUUGGCGGAGUGCCUUCCAGUGCCAGUGCACCUUCUUCUUUGUCCACAACUGCAUCCCAGGCGGCUUCUGCUGUUGGGGAAAUUGUUCCUAGUGUUAGCACCCCUGCUUCUUUAACAUUGCCACAAGCUGGAAUGACAAGGCCUAGCAUUACAAUAUCGGGAGUUGUGGCACCAUCUGCGACAUCUCAACAGGUUGGUGCUGGCAGUGCUGCCCCGGCCGUUUCUCAAACAUCAGUCCCUGUGUCUUCGGCACAGAGCAUGGUUUCGCAGUCUUCGCAGUUGAACACCAGCGGCUCUGUACCCAGCCUAGCUGAAAUGGUGGUAGUUAGUGUGCUGCAGCCAAGGACAAAAACCGAACAGUCACCGGAAAAACCACAGCAAGUCAGCAGAGGUGGACUGCCCGUGCCUGUUUCUGUACCUAUAUCUUCUGCAGUAGCACCAAGCAUAUCUAGCUCCAUCUCACAGCCACUACCCAUCCCACCCACAGUUACCUCAUCUAGCUUAGGUGCGGCAGCAGGUGCCGUCUCUACCCCAGUAUUACCUGGCAUUCUGCCAUUGGCACAACCAGUAACAAAUGUCCCUGCAGUCCAGCAGACUUUAAUACAUAGUCAGCCUCAACCAGCUCCAUUAGCCAAUCAACCUCAUACUCAUUGCCUGGAAGGGGAUGUUGACAGUCAACCCAAAGCACCCGGCAUAGAUGACAUAAAGACUUUGGAAGAAAAACUCCGGUCCCUUUUCAGUGAGCAUGGUGGUGUUGGAGCAGCUCACCCAUCAGUAUCCCUGGAGACCUCACUGGUGGUGGAGACUACAGUUAUGUCUGGCUUGCCAACCACUGCUGUUGCGCCCACAAAACCUGCAGCACCUGUUGCAAGUACCAGUAUACCACCAGCCAGUUUGAUUCUUGGUCCAACAGGCUUACCUCUUGCGACUCCAGUAGCCACACCUGGGCAAGCAGGCACUCCAGUCAGUUGUGUUACUACUACAACAUGCAGUACGGCAUCAGCAACAGCCAAAUCAGGGACACCUCCUUCAAAGCCACCUCUUAGCAGGGCACCGGGACCACUGGUAGGUUCUGAACUUCCAGCUGGCACUCCAGCCAGUGAGCAGCUGCCACCCUUUCCAGGACCUACACUAACUCAGUCCCAGCAACCUCUGGAAGACUUGGAUGCCCAGUUAAGAAGAGCCUUGAGUCCAGAAACUGUUCCAACAACAUCAGCUCCUGCCGGUCCUCUGCCAUCGGUGGCUUCUACAACGGUUACUGGAAUGGCAUCUGCACCAGAACAGCCUACAAAUACUGAUUCUCAGGAUGCAGGAAGCUGUUCCACAACUGCCACCUCAGGAGUUGCAGUUCUUAAGAUGGGUCGUUUUCAGGUGUCAGUAGCUGUGGAUGAGCAGAAAGAGAGUGGAAGUAAGCCCAGGCACUUUGAUACAAGCAGCUCAGAUUCCUCAUCUUUGUCUAGCAGCAGCAGCCCUGAGAGUACUCUGGUGAAGCCAACCUCCAGUGAGAUAGCUGAGGCCAUUGCUGUUACUUCUGCGGAUGUGGUGGAUGGAGUUUUUUCACACACUUCCACCUCUCAUUUGCAGCCAACCAAGGUUGGGCGUUUCCAGGUGACGACAACAGCAACAGACCAAGUGGGCCGGUUUUCUGUGUCUAAAACUCAAGAUGAGGUGACCUGUGUGGAGAGAGAGGUCCCUGCAAUAGUCCCUCUGCCUGCAAGCUCUGAGCAUAUUUCUUCUCCUGUCACAACUCCUAAACCUGGGCUUAUAGGGAGAAGGCAUUCUCUGCACCUGAAUGGGCCAUCGUCUGAGCUGGAAGCUGCCUUCCUGAGUGGUGCAGCUAAGGAGCGAGAUGAUGGCUCAAGGAGUCCAGAUUCUCUCCAUCCACCUGGGUCAAAGAUCAGUCUUCCAGUUCAGAGCCUGAGCAACUCAUUCAACUCUUCCUACAUGAGCAGUGAUAAUGAGUCAGACAUAGAAGAUGAAGACUUGAAGUGCGAGCUGCGUCAAUUGCGAGAGAAGCACCUUAAAGAGAUCCAAGAGCUUCAAAGUCGUCAAAAGAUGGAGAUUGAACUGCUUUACACAAAACUGGGCAAGGUACCCCCAGCAGUAAUCAUCCCUCCUGCCGCUCCUCUGUCAGGCAGGCGAAGAAGACCCACUAAAGGAAAAGGCAGCAGAUCCAGCCGCAGCAGCUCCCAGGGUAACAAGAGCCCUCAAAUUUUGGGCAAUCUGUCUGCUCAGAGUGCACCUUCGGUCUUGCCCCAACAGCAGACCCUCCACCCUCCUGGCACUGUCCAAGAGACAGGGCAGAACCAUCUGUUACAGCCUCUGAAACCAUCUCCUUCUAGUGAGAACCUCUACUCUGCCUUUACUAGUGAUGGUGCCAUUUCUGCGCCAGGCCAAGGGACCAGCAGUACAAACACUGUUGCGGGUACAGUGAACAGCCAGGCACCUCAGUCUCAGCCUCCUGCGUCCAGUCGAAAAGGGACCUUUACAGAUGACCUGCACAAGCUAGUAGACAACUGGGCUCGUGACGCCAUGAGCCUCUCUGGCAAGAAAGGAGGCAAGGGGCAUGGCAAUUAUGAGGGCCCAGGAAUGGCAAGGAAGUUCUCCGCACCAGGUCAGCUCUGCAUCUCGAUGACAUCCUCCCUCGGUGCUACACCCAUCUCUGCUGCGUCAGCUACCUCCCUAGGUCACUUCACAAAGGCCAUGUGCCCCCCUCAGCCAUACGGUUACCCAGCAGUGCCCUUUGUAGCUCCCUGGAGUGGGACAGGUGGUCCAGCACAGCAGCCUUUAGGCCAGUUCCAGCCUGUAGGUGCCACCUCAUUGCAAAGCUUCAACAUCAGCAACUUGCAGAAAUCCAUCAGCAACCCCCCUGGCUCUAAUCUGCGGACCACUUAAUGAGACCCAGGCAUGCUGCUGGGUAGACUUGAGGGGGGAGAUGGGGCCCUGAAUCAACCACUAGGCUGCAGUGAACUGGCUAUUAGUGCCCAAAGGGGUGGUGGUGAACUUCCUCCUCUAACCAUUGCUCUCUGCUCUCCGUAAGAAAAGCCCUCCAUUUUGAAUAUGGGGAGAAGAGUGAUCAGGAUCUUCCACAAUGGGACAAGCUUCCUCUCGUCUGUGGCAGGUGUGUAAAGAUGAAAGCUACCACACAAGCCAAGGGCUUCAUGCUGUAAAAUUCAUUUGGCUUAAGAUGCUGAAUCUACAUGGGUUGAGAUGGGAGAAUUGUUGUUAGUUUUAGCAUGAAUCUUUAGUAUGCCAUUUGUCUUGCUCUGAGGAAUUCAGCCGGGGGAGGAGGGAGGAGAGCUGUCCAUUGUUUCCAUGUCUCUUCCUUCCGUCAGACCAUCACACCGAAGUUCCUGAGCUGAUGGGGCACACAAGUGGAAUUGCAGAACAGCCCAUGCUUUGACAUAGGUCAUUACUGCUUUAAGUAAAAGAUAUUAACAGCUUUGACUGCAGCAUUAGAGCAAUUUAAAUUGUUUAGAAGACAAAUUUUUUAAAAAGUUCCCUGCGGACAUGUACUUACCAUCAGUUUUGAUGUGGAAACACUGUGAUAUAUAAAUGUUGUUGGACAACAGUAGUUAAAAAAAAUGAGUGGCGUAUAGAGGGUUAAACAGUUAAAAAGGAAAAAAAUGGGGGAAAGCUAGCUAUAUCCUGAUACUUAUUGGAGACACUUUAACUUUUUUCCUUUGUAUUUUCAUUGUAUUAGAUAAAUGUGAAUGUAUAAUUGUAUAAAUUAAUGUACUUGAAUACUUGUCUGUUCUCCCAGUAUGCUUGCUGGAUAUUUUAGUGCCUUGGACUUUUUAUUGCUUCUACAGUUAGCAUCACCUUCCCAGCAGACUUUCGCCAGGCAGAGGGAGGUUAUUUGGGUAUAGUCACUGGAAUACCAAAGGCAUAACACAUUGGAUGCUUAUACUGUAAUAGUGUCGAGAGUAGGUGUUGGAGGGGGAGCUAUUGCAGCUUUUGUGUUGGAAGAGUAAAGCUAUGGAGUGGUGGGGGAAACUGAUGUGGCUGAUGCAGCAGCAGUGAGGGAUUUAUGCGGAGGUGCUGAAGAGAAUGGACACAGUGACCAGAGUAGAAGCUGGGUUGCUGAGAAUAGGGGAAGUUGGGAGAAAGAGGGACAUCUUUGAAGGGGUCAGCACCUAUGGGUGGGUUGACUUUUAAGCUAUAAAGGUUUUUUUAGUAAGGGUAAUGUAUGUUAAGGGAUUGGAGCUAUCACUCUGGAGAGGGAGGGUGUUUGCUGGGAUUUCCUCCCCCCCUGCCCUGCCUGUCAAUCCAAUCCUGAAAGGCCAGGAACACAUCUUCCUGGUGCAGCAUCCAUUGCUAAAGAUGGAUACACUUGAAACAGCCAGCAUCAAAAACAACUUUUUCUUUCUAUGUCUAAAGGACUUAAAACUGGUACCAGGACUGUAACUAACUGUGUUGCCUUUUAGUAGGUGUUCUAUAUCUCCUACUCGCCUUCCUCUUUCUAACUUAAAAUACUGGUUCCCUGAUCAAAUGAAAUAACUGCAACCAACUAGUAUUACUUUGCAUUGCAGCAGCAGGCUGUGAAGUCAAAGUACUUCUGCUUUGGACUUGGAAGCAGCUUUACUGCUUGGUCUGGAAGUCUGUUUUCUCUUUCCCCACCCCUAGAAGUCCUCUAAAGUUAGCAAGGACAUUUGUUCUUUCUGUAUUUCUUUCACUCUUCCCUCAAACAUAUGCACGUCUGUCUUUCUUUUCAUCCCUUCGCCUCAAGUUGAAGUUUACAGUGGUUUUGUCAGGCAGAGGUAGGAGUUGGACCCAGUGGCUGAAAAGAAAAGACGGAAGCCUAGGUGGCUGGGAUUCAACAACUUUUCAGACUUAAAAAAGAAGUCCUCACAGGUGUGAUGGGAAAUUCAAGGUGAGCUUGAUGUGCAAAAAGCAGGAAGGAGCAAUGGAUGAAAAGAUGCCACCUAAUGUUAGAGGAUCUAGUCAGCUGAGUGUUGCACAAGGUUAGUAUUUUGGUUUCAUAUGUUUGAGGUCAAGUUUUCACUUAGUUAUGCAAGUACUGGUUUUAUUUACCAUUGAUUUCCCUCCUGUGGAUGAAAUAACUGAGGUCUAGAGGAAUUAACUAAUGCUACUGAACUGUUAAAUUAUUUUGUGUUAUUACACUUUGAAUACCUUUUUCCACAAGAUCUGUUUCUGAAUUACAGAUGUUUUCUUUACAUUAUUUAACAAUGUACACUGUAAAAAAAUAAAAUAAAAUGAAUUCAAACCUUGGGCUUCCCUGGCCGUAGUUAAUGGUAUGUUUUGCACUAAAUCCAGGCAUUGCGCUUCCUGUAUGAUUGCGCUUUGUGCUGCAGUUUGUUACCUUCUUUGUAGAUAUUUAAUGAAAUCAUUCAAAUAAACCAAACCUGCUUUUGUUGA